GGAAAAUAGAAUAUAGAAGCCAGAGGAAAGAAGAGAGCGAGAAACCUGAAACCCUUCCCUUGUUGCCGUUUCCCUCCAUCAUCCGGAAUCCGAACCGCCUCCGUUCCUAAACGCCCUCCGAAACCCUAACCAUUGAGAGAUAGAGCGACAAACUGAGAAGAAGAAUCUGUAAAUCGAAGGAGAAGUUGGAGCACAAAUCGGAAAUAUAAGCGAGCGAAGAAGAAUCGACGAAACGAAAAGGAUUGCGUUCCAUAAGAGACGGAAAUAGAGAGGUUGAGAUUAGUCAUAAUAGAGAAGAUAGAGAGAGAGAGAGAGAGAGAGAGAGAGAGAGAGAGAGAGAGAGAGAGAGAGAGAGGAAGAAUAAUCCAAUCUUUUUUCCGGGAUUUUCAAUCCUCCUUUAUGCCCGCAGCUUCUGCCUUCUUGUAUGAUACCUGCGCUGCUUCGAAACUAACUUAAGACUUGCCCGUUGGUAUUGAACAGAGGAUUAGGGCUUCAGACUUCAGUUCUAGGAAAGGGUCGUAUACCGUUCCCUUCUUCGCUCUCUUCCCUGUGCUACGACGCCGACCACUUUGCACCUAAAUCUUGCAACAAUUGAUGGUAUUGGCUUCCUGAUCUUUAUUCGUUUAACCUUUCUGGGGUUUGGUUGACAGUGGGAUGAAGACUUUUAAUUAGGGUUGUUCGUGCCAUCCGCAUUAUGUGUGAAUUCCCGGUGGAUUUGGAGAUAAUUUUCUCUUGAGCGCUGUCGCAAACUACUCUGAUUCAAAUUGCUGAUGAUGGAAGCGUAGGCUUUGGACCUUAUAUUUUCAGUUUUUGGGGAUUUUAGGAGCCCUUUAGUGCUGCUGCAUUAUUGGGGCCGCUGAAGGAUUCUAGGGCAGUCUGUAAGAUUUUGAACCCUUGGUGGUGCACGCCUCCAUCUAGGCGAAUUUUGCCCAGCCUCAAUUUGUGAGUGGAAAAGACGUUUCCGAUUAGGAGUUAUUCUUCAUUUUAGAAUUGAAAGGGUUACCGGUGGCUUUUGAUAUUUCACAUGUACAGAAUAAGAAGGAAAAAUUUGAUAGAUUUAUUCAAGCUUGGCAUUCAUAUGUAAGGUGGAAUGAUUCAAGCCCUGAUCGCUCUUCAAUUAUGUUUUAGAUGAUGAUGGUCCUUAUCUGCAAUGGAGCGAAGUGAGCCAACCUUUGUUCCGGAGUGGUAUAAAGGAGUAAACAACAAUACAGCUGGCAGCAUCAACACAAAUCACAAUAGUGGAUCCCUACAUUCAGCACCAGAUGAACAUACCAAUGUGUUCCCAUCAAGAAACAGUUUGUCAAGUGUAUGUGAACAUGACGCUCCACGUUCAUUGUUUUUCUCCGAUAAAGCCUCAUCGUCUUUCCGGAGAAGUGUGAGCAGCAAUGGCUCCAUGGGCCGGGAGAAGGACCUUCCUUCACCGGUUUGCAAUAGUUUUGGUUGGAGCAAACGUGAUAGGGAUAGGGAUCGAGAGAAGAAUCCCGACCUUUGGGACAGAGAUAAACCACUUUUGUUGGAUUAUGGAUUUUCCAAUUAUCCAGAUUCAUUGGUUGCUAACACACCUGAAAAUGACUACUUGAGGCGCUCUCAUUCAAUGGUGUCAAGACGACGUGUUGACUCCCAUCUCAAAAGGCAUGGACAUAAUUCAAGUAAUGGCAUUCUUUCUAGUGGUAUGGUCACUAACAUUACUAAAUCUACCUUCGAGAGAGAUUUCCCUUCACUUGGAGCUGAAGAAAGGCAUUGGGGGUCAGAUCUAGGUGGGGUAUCUUCUCCAGGUCUAAGCACUGCCAUUAAUAAUCUCCCUGUGUGCGCUUCGAGGAUUAUUGGUGGUGAUGGAUGGACAUCAGCUUUGGCAGAAGUGCCUCCCAUCCUUGGAGUAAAUGGUCAAGUAGUUUCAUCUACCCUACAAACAAGUUCUGCAUUGGCAACUGCUUCAAGCAAUUCAACUGGCUUAAGUAUGGCUGAAACAUUGGCUCAAGCUCCAGGACGAGUUCGUGCAACAGCCCAGCAACCUAAUGACUCCCAAAAGAUUGAGGAGCUACAUCGCCAGAAAAUUUUGAAACUUAGGCCAGUGACACCGUCAAUGCUUAAAAACUCAGGUCCUAACUCAGCUGACAAAUCAAAGACAAAAGGGGCAAGGAUUGCCGAAUUCAGUUCUUCCAAGCAGCAGUCCUCAUCCAAUCUUCUCAUUCAUACCACUUUUAGAUCUGAUGUUUCUAAGACAUCCAACUCUGGGCAAUUUCAAGUCCUGAAUAGAGAAAGGAAUGGCUACUCUCCUACUGCCAAGGAUGGUCCAAACUCAACAAAUAUCAGCAGAGCUCCAAGCAGUUCUGGUGGCAUUCCUCCUACCACAGUUCAAUCUUUUAAAGGCCCAAUGAACCCUAAACUCAAAGUGGAUGGUCAGGGUGGUGCUUUGACUAUAAGAUCUUAUGGAGAAAAGAAAAUUACAACUCAGGCUCAAAAGAGGAAUGAUUUCUUCAAUUCUCUUAGGAAUAAAUCACCCGCUAUCCAACCGGCGGCUAAUCCUAACGAUGAUCAAAGUUGCAAUGUCUCUUCGUCCAACUUGGACAAGAUUUCUGUUGAUUCUACCUCGGUCAUGGCGGCAUCUUCAUUUAACUCAAAUUCGCACUGUUCGGUCGAAAAUGGGAAUUGUUCAGCUGGAGGUGGUGCUUUUGAGGAGCCUGAGAAGUUGGCUCCGGAUGAGGAAGAAGCAGCCUUUCUUCGAUCACUAGGGUGGGAAGAAAAUGCAGGGGAAGAAGCUUUAACACGGGAGGAGAUCGAGUCUUUUCUUUCUGAGCAUAAAACGCGGAAGCCUGCUUCAAAUCUGAAGUUGUAGUCGGCGGUCGUCUCAAAGCUGUGCUCAUCAUCUCAAAACAAAGUGGAAGCUUGAUUUUGCUAAACCUACCAUAGCUUUCAUGGCGGAGUCUCUCUAGUUUUGUGGCCUGGCAAUUUUCUCCUAUAUUUCCAGUGUUUGGAAAGUGGCCAAAGUCCAAGUGAAGUACUAGAAAGCUGCAUUGUCCUGAAACAGAGGGAGUUAAAAAGGGUUUUCCCCUCUUUAGAAAAGAAUGUGAAAAAAAUUGCAAAAAUAAGAUGCAGUUUUUUAUGCCCCUGGAACCCUUCUUCAUCGCUGAACCUAGGGUGCUUUCUUACAGUAUUUUUUUAUGAUUAUUUUUCUUUUGUUUUUUUCUGCAUUGGAUUGGAGUAACAGAAAAGUUAGAUGACAGGCUCAGUAUCAGAAAAUUGCACAGUAUUGAAAUCAUUUUUAUUAGAGAAAUCUCUUUCAAUUUUUAGUUAUUA